UCCCUGGGUGACCAGAGCUUUGUCUUGCUCUGGGACAGAGCUGCAGGUGCUGCCCUGCUGACCUCCCCUUGGUCCUCCCCUUGACCCACCCUUCCUUGGCUGAGCGCUGGCACUAUGGCACAGACAGAUGUGCUCCUGACCCGGCAGCCAGCCCCGCAGACGGUACCACCCUGUGCACUGCCACCCAAAGAGUAUGAGGUGGCCUGUAACACGGGCGCCCACACAUCCUCGGGCCUGGCCACCACUGGCUUCCGCACAGCCAAGUACCUGGUGGAUGAGUGGUUUCAAAACUGCUACGCCCGCUACCACCAGGCGCUGGCUGACCGAGAUGCAUCAGAGCGGCAGCGGCAUGAGAGCAGGCAGCUGGCAACAGAGACAGAGGUGCUGGCUGAGCGCACACAGCAGGACUCCACACGCAGGCUGGGGGAGCGCCUGGAGGAUACCCACUGCUGGAAGUCGGAGCUACAACAGGAGGUGGAUGCACUGACCGCAGAGACUGACCUGCUGCAGGCCCAGAAGCAGCGGCUGGAGCGUGCCCUGGAUGCUACUGCCCUGCCCUUCUCCAUGUGCACUGACCACCUGCAGUGCCGUGAGUGCCGCCAGCACCCAGACCUUGUGCGCGACUAUGUGGAGAUGGAGCUGCUGAAGGAGGCUGAGCUCAUCCGGAACAUUCAGGAGCUCCUGAAGAGAACCAUCCUCCAAGCUGUAGACCAGAUACGGCUGAACCGGGAGCUCAAGGAGACAUGCGAGAGGGACUGGUCGGACAAGGUCGAAGCCUACAACAUCGACGAGACCUGCUCUCACUAUCACAACCAGAGCACGGAGGUGCAGCUCCACCCACACUCAGCUGCCUUCGAGGAAAGCGCCUCCACGCCCGAGACAUGGGCACAGUUCACGCAGGACAACCUGCUCCGAGCUGAGCGAGAGCGCCAGGCCUCAGCCAACCUGCGGACUCUCAUCGACUCCAUCCUUCGGGACACCGCCGAGGAUCUGCGGCUGCAGUGCGACGCUGUCAACCUGGCCUUCGCGCGCCGCUGCGAGGAGCUGGAGGAUGCGCGCCACAAGUUGCAGUACCACCUGCAGAAGACCCUGCAGGAAAUCACUGACCAGGAGCAGCAGAUUGCAGCGCUGAAGCAAGCCAUCAAAGACAAGGAGGCACCUCUGCGGGUUGCCCAGACCAGACUGUAUCAGCGCUCCCAGCGGCCCAAUGUGGAGUUAUGCCGAGAUGCUGCCCAGUUCAGGCUGAUGAGCGAGGUGGAAGAACUGAACCUGUCCCUUGCCCUGCUGAAGGAGAAGCUGCAGGAGGCUCAGCAGGCUCUGCGUAACCUAGAGGACACCCGCAUGUGCCUGGAGAAGGACAUUGCUGUCAAGACCAACAGCCUCUUCAUCGAUCGCCAGAAGUGCAUGGCCCUCCGCACCCGAUACCCCACUGUCCUCCAGCUGGCUGGCUACCAGUGACUCGGGACUGCUGCACCCCAAAUAAAGAGCACAUUAGCUUUC